GACAGAGCCGAGCGUCAAAACAGCUUCUCCGAGCCACGUUUUGGAGAAGCGUCCGAUCGACGACUGCAGCCACCCCGGAGAGCCUCCAGAUCCGCGGCUGGCGGUUCAGACGACCCACCUGCUGCGUGUCAACGCGCGGCUGUGCGCCUCUGGGACCCGCGGUGCGCUCCAAGUCCCAACUUGCGCCCGCUUUGCGCGCCUUGCCUUCGGCCUCCGGAGGCUGCCCUCCGCCCCUUUCCCGGGCCCGCCCCGCGCGGAGCCAGCUGUGCCUCCCCCCCCCCCCGGGCUGCAGGGUCGGGCUGGGGCACCCGACGGCAGGACUGCAGAGCCGCGCUGAGCUUUCGGGGCCACGGAUCGCCUCGACCACGCGGGGGCGCGCGCUGCGAGGGUGAACAUGAACUCGUGGCUCUUCCUGUCUCUGUGCGGCGCCGUGCUCGCCCCGACGGCUGCAGAACCAGACACCGAACCAACGCACGACCCCUUCAAUUAUGAUUAUCGCUCCCUGAGAAUUGGAGGGCUGGUUUUUGCCGUCGUCUUGUUCCUGCUCGGCAUUCUUAUUGUGCUCAGUCGACGCUGCCGUUGCAAAUUCAAUCAGCAGCAAAGAACCGGGGAACCUGACGAAGAGGAGGGUACCUUGCGCAACUCAAUCCGACGCUUAUCCACCAGGAUGAGAUAGAAGAAGAUCAGAACCGGCUGCUCCCGAGAUGCUGUCGUCCACCAGAUCCACACAUCGUUUCCCUUCCUGCUCCACAUGGUCCUCUCUCUAGAUCCUCCCUCAGUGAAAGACCCAGCCAACCAGGAAAAGCCAGGCCCGAGGCCUUCCUGGCCCUGCUGAGCCCCAGCCUCUCAUUCAGUUUUCCGCUUGGCCCCUGCUACUCGCCAGUGUAGAGACAUGGUUGAUCUCGAAGCUUAACAUUAGUGCUAGGCAAUGGGGGAUGCGGAGUCUGCAGACAUCUCAAGCACCUCUUCUCUAAAUUAUAACCGACAGCCUUCCCAAGAAAACAGAGAUGCAGUCAAGGAAUAGGGCGUGAUAGCUUGGCUAUGAAAAUAGGAGGGGGGAAGUCAGAGACCUGUGCCCCACCGGGGUAUACUUCUUCUCCUUGAGGGAGGAAUGAGUUAUACCUGUCAAUGAUUGGCACACGACAACCCACAUUGUGUCGUGUGAGAAGCCUUUUAUCCCAGUCCUGGACCAAUGGUGGCCAGCCUCCAGACUCAUCUGGGAGGGCAGGAACGUCCUGCCAAGUCAACUCUGCCAUCCCCUUGGAGAAAAACCUGCACCUUUGUUUCUUUACCCAUAGGAGUAAAUGAAUGAACAAGCAAUGGUUGGGGUUUGCAGCUAGGCUAGGCAGCCAAUUGGGAGCAAGUCAUUGGAGUUCUUGCUUGGAGGCUGUCUCUGACCCAGAGUUACCAACUGAGGCUGUGGGGAACUGCUUCCCACCUUCUGCUUCUCCAGAUGGCCCACUGGGUUAAAUGAGUGGCCUCACCCCUGAGGUAAUGGGGAAAGAUUCAUUUUAAAAAAGGAACCUUUCCAAAUAAUAAAAAUUAAGUGACAUCUUAGAGAGUGGCAGAGUUAUCAGUUGAGCUUCCAGAUCUCCAUUUUGCCCUUUCCUCCCCCCUGCCCUGUGCAGUGUGCUCAAUUGCUAGUUGUCAGAAUGCUGCUAAAAUCUUCCUUGGAUACUCAUCUAGCAAUGCUGGCUAGUCUGCUUGGAUUCAAAGCUCUCUUUUGAAUGCAGGAAUCUGGUCCAACAGAGGAGGCACCAGACAGGAAGGUGAGAGACAGAUUUCCCCUCCAGUGUGGUUUGUGUGCGGCACAACAGGGACAGAGGUGGCCAUGGGAUGCGUGCUCAUUUGGGCAUAAGCUUUUGUGGCACGUCAUGGGAAGGGGUGAAAUAAAAUAAGGGGAAUGGCGCCUGUUUUAUAUCACCUUUGUUCUCCUGAAAAGCUAUUUUCUCUAUUCAGCGUUAGCUCUUCAAUGUCUGGAUCGGUAAUACUCAGCAGCUGAGAAGCCACGUGUGGCUCUUCUGAGCACCAUUCUCCAAUGUGGCACCUGCUCCAUGUUUCAGGGAAGCGGGCAAGACCCUUGCCUGGCGGUGCUUGUGGUUGGCAUUAGUUCCCACCUUGAUACAGCCGCGGCCAGAGAAAGGGUAACCCGUGAGCCUCCACAAGGUGCAGGCCUCACACCAGGGAUGGAAGUAAACGUGGCCCUUUUUGUUGAUGCUAAAUGCAAAUAUGGUGUGCAUUUUUGCACGUUCUGACCACGUCAGCAUCAUUUUCCUUGCCCCUGCCGUGCCCCUCCCCAACUCCCAUUCUUCAUGCCGCAGGAGGUUAUUUUGGAGCUUUAAAAGUGGAAAUUGACAUAGCCCUAUAAAACGGACAAUUGGCACUGUCAGUUUGAAAGGUACUUAAGACAUUCGUAGGACCGGAGCAGCAUUCUGCAGUACUGAGAGAGUCCAUAGGGUAAAACAAAGGCAGGUUUUUCCUUGACUUCUGCAGCCGCUUGGAUUGGGUGAUACCCUAAUAACAAAUACAAUCUCCUAAAAAACUUUGCUCCAGGCAUUUUCUCUAAUGCAUCUGCUGUGUUUAGAAGUGAAUAGCUAUCUUGAACAGUUUGUUUGGUCUUCUGUAGACAAUGCAGGUCCUCAAAUCUCUCUUGGGUUUCUUUACAGUGACAAUUGGGUCUCUAGAUUUAAGUACAACAGCUCUCUCUUGCACACAGAGCCAUUUGUUUUCUCUCCAGCAGAGGGCGAUAACAACAUGCACUGGCUAGAUUAUAUUUUCUCACGGUGGGGUAACAGAUUUAGAUGUUCCUGCUGGCCGAAAGGCAGCGCUCGCUCGCUUUUUAGAGCAGCUCCAUGCUGGAAAACUCCCCAUCUGGCCUCAGCUUUGCUGACUGCUUUGUGUGUUUCUUCUGAACCCCAUCAGCCUAGCAAGUGCCUUUUAUGACAAUAAAAUGCUAAUUUCUCCAA